AUGAAACUCCACACUGCAGCUAUCCUCCUCAUUUUCUGGCUUGGCAUGUUCACUGUGUACAAGGUGAAAGGGAGUGCUGGAAGUCAGCCCAUGCGCAGAUUCAGUUGUGUACGUCUCUCUACACGGCAACUGAACAUCCGAAAUCUUGUCAGCUAUGAAAAGCAACAAGUUCCAGUAGAUGCCAUUGUGUUUAUAACCACAAAAGGUAUCAAGAUCUGCGUAAACUCUAAUCAGAAAUGGGUGCAGACUGCUAUGACAAGAAUAGACCAAAAACGUGCCAUCAAAGGCAAAUAA